GCUCUCAGGCUCUGCAUCACUUCAUAAAAUCUGAUGUCACCUAGGAGGUUCCCUCAAACUCAUGAAGAGUAAAUCGAAACAACUACUUUUGGGUUGCGAACAACGACCGAUUUGUUUUUGCUAAUUACUUUUGUUGAGAAAAUGUAGCACAGUAGGAUUAAUUGAUGAAAGUAUUUUAAAUCACACGACGACUUCGAAAUGUCGAUGGAGGUGGACUAAAGAAAGCGCACGAAAACUUGAGUAUUAACGGAUGGUGUCCGAUCUCAGGAUGCAGUGGUUUUGGAUAUUAUACCCCAAUUUACUUAUUUGGUUUCACCACUGUACAUCAGAUACAGCUUUGACGUUGGAGAGUAAGACCCUGUUCACAUAUGACGAGUCCUACUACGAGUACGUACCCGACAGGCUACCGUGGCAUGGGGCCGGACGCCUCUGUAGCCAGCGCUCGGGGGCCUUAGCCACGGUAUCCAACACCUUCGAGAACCGAGAGCUCACCACCUUCUUAAAGUCCCUGAACAUAACUCACCCCGUGUGGAUUGGCAGGAAAGUCAUGACACACUUAAAGAGUUCCACCGAGACCCUUAUCCUGGAGUUUGACGGGAGAUCUGACGUGAAGAACGCGCGCCUCCUGCACAAGUUCCCCGCCAUGUGCGAAGUGACCGUUUGCACCCGUGUCCGCUUCGAUCCGGCCUGCUACGGAUUUUCCACUGUCUUCUCUUAUUCCAUCCAGUCAUUCAUUAAUGAGUUCCAGCUCCGCGCCAGGCUGAUCCAGGGCCAGCCCGUCCAGCUGGCUCUGUUGGUCCAUGGCAUGCACGGGCCCUACCAGGAGGCCUUCCGCCAUGAUGGCUCCUGGCACUCACUGUGCGUGAGCUGGUCGCGCCACGGUGGACGCUGGGCCCUGUUUGCCAACGGCCGUCCGGUCAACCGGGGCGACAGCCUGUACAGCGCAGGUGACGUGGGCCCUGAUGGCCACUUCAUCCUGGGCCAGGAGCAGGACUCGUUCGGGGGCUCGUUCAAGAGUGCAGAGUCCUUCUCGGGUAGUCUCACGCAGCUGCACAUUUGGGAGCGGAUGUUGAACGACAGCGAAAUCCACACCAUGGAAAAAGAGUGCUCUCCCACCUCAUCUGGGCUGGUAUUCAAGUGGAGUGCCACAGUCCUGGAAGUCGAGUCCUCCCUGAAGAGGCUCUGGGGAGACUCGCCGUGCCAAGCUAACAGCAGUGAGUUGGCCGACGAGUUCCUGUACUCCCUGUUGGAUUCAGAUGUGGUGACAUAUCACAACUUCUCUGAGGUGGUGGAUGCACCUCAGGCUGGAGAGUGUGUCACCUUUGACCCCCUGAGUGGAGGCUGGGGCUUAGACGUUUGUGACAGUCAGAGAGGUGCCGUCUGCCAGUUUGAGAAAGAGGUGUUGGACAUCUUCGGCUUUCCCAAGACAGCGUUUUUCAUUAAGGUGAUUGAGGACAUGAGCAUGAAUGCGUCGUCUGAGAAAGACUUGGUGUCGCUGAGCGGACUGACUACCGUGCUGGUCAGGGUCCUGGAGGCCAGUCCGGACAUCCUCACGUCCACCGAUGUCCUCUACCUCACCGAGAUGAUGAAACUGGAGGCCACCACCACCACCCAGGAGGUCAACCAUGCCCAGGGGGGCCUAGACUCUGCCGAGGCCAUGGUGUCCAUUGCCACCAACUACCUGAAACUGGCCAGUCUCAUCCUGGACUCUAAGAGGGCCACCCAGUGGCUAGGUCGGCCGGAGGACGUUACUGUGGGACCAUUCACUGUGGUGGAGAGCAUUGAUAAACUGACUGGAGCUUUAGCAGAUGUGCUAUCUGCCGAGUGGAAAAGCUUCACACUCUCCACGGAAAACAUAGAUGUGCACGUGGAGGCACGGAAGCUGUCCCAGAUGAGCUGCAGCUGUGUGUUUAAACCGUCAGUGUUUGGCGGUCACAGUAGAGGUAGUGGCCAGGACGAGCUGCUCAUCCCCGACACGGAGGUCCAGAGACUACAUGACUUGGGUCACAAGGAAGUGAUGUUCAUCCAUACGUACUACAGUCAUCUCAUGGAGAUCCAGUCUAGGAUGGAGCAGGAUACUUCUCCAGAAGACCAGAGUGAAAACACAGGUGUCCUCCCUGGUCGCCUGGCCACUGCAGUCAUCUCAGCCACGGUUCGAGACCCCUCCAAGGCCCAGAACAUCCCAGUGGCCAUCCACUAUACUUUGUCCUCCUCGCACGUGGUGGAGUAUUCGCAGCGAGUCACGCCUGUUUGCGUGUUUUGGAAUUUCACCCUAAUGACUGGAAAUUCUAACGGCUGGUCCAGCGAAGGUUGCAGGGUGACUCACACGAGCUCUGAUGUCACUUCCUGCUAUUGUAACCACACCACCAACUUCGCCGUCCUAAUGAAUUACAUGGAGUCCAAGUGGACUCAGGAGGAGGAGGAUAUUUUGACGAAGCUGACGUUUAUCGGCUCUGGGGCCUCUCUGUGCGCGCUGGUGUUGACCUUGAUGCUGUUCACCGUGCUGGACAUUCCCAAAUCGGACAGGACGUCUAUCCACAAGAACCUGUUCAUUGCGCUAACCUGUGCCCAGAUUGUCCUUCUCUGCAGUGGCUCAGCUGUCAACAACAAGGUGGCCUGCACCCUGGUGGCGGCCCUGCUGCACCUUUUCUUCAUGGCUGCCUUCAGCUGGAUGCUGGUGGAAGGACUGCUGCUCUGGAGCAAAGUGGUUGCGGUCAACCUGAGCGAGGACCAACACAUGAAGUACUACUACCUCAUUGGCUGGGGUCUGCCAGUGCUGAUAGUCACCAUCACCCUGGCCUCUGCCUCGGGGAAGUACUCUGCUGAUGGCCACUGUUGGCUCAGUGUGCAGAACGGGGUCAUCUGGGGCUUCGCAGGCCCUGUCAUUUUCAUAAUUAUGGUGAACAUCAUGGUUCUGAUGCGGGUGGUGGUCAUCACCAUCUCCACAGCCAAGAGGAGGUCCAUCAUGCUGGCAAUGGAUAGCAGUCCUGUGGAGCAGGCCUACGAGCAGAUCAGGGCUGCAGUGAAAGCGGUGCUGGUGCUACUGCCAAUCCUGGGCCUGACCUGGCUCUGUGGCGUCCUGGUGCCCUUCUCCAUAGUCAUGGCCUACAUCUUCAUCUUUCUCAACUCACUGCAGGGCCUGUUCAUCUUCCUGAUAUAUGGGGUGUACAACACAGAGGUUCGGAGCACAGUUAAAAGGAUCAAGGAGAGAAGAAAAGCGCUACGUUUUUCAAACUGUGCCAGCUCCAGACCGUCCAGCUCAUUGACCAGCUCCCGGCCCGCCAGCAGCCCCACACCCACCCCCCCAGGGCCCCCAAGGUCCCAGCCUGGACAAAGGGGGAGACAAGACCUGCUCCGGCCAACCCAGCCCACUCCCUAACCCUACCUACCCCCACACCCCAGGCCUUGUGGAGGAGAACGCCAACAGAGGUGAGCCACAAGCUCCCUCACCCACAGUUCCGAUGACAAUACUACCUACAGAGGUCAGCUGUCCAUUCCUUGUGUCCCAAAGAGCCUAAAGGAUUCCCACAGUCAUGCUACAGGUGCCUUGAUCCCCAGAAUGCAGGAGAGGAAGAGUGGAAGAGCAUUACGGUGCGAGACGGUCAUGUCAUCCAACAUCUGAGAAACCUGGGGCUCAGUGAUACUUAUGCACACACACACACACUCAAGUCCAUAUUGUAUACAUAUACGCACGCACGCUCGCACAGACACAAACACUUAUAAUUGAGAGACCUACGUCACGUUUCCUUGCAGUUGCCUAAUAGGAAUGGAGAUUUUUUUUAUGUUUUAUUGCGUCACUACAGUUGGAUUCAGAUGUUUUAUUGCAAAUUAAAAAUCUGAAGGAGUUACCUCUACCUUUUCUGUGAAUGAGCAGUGUUUUGCUUUUUGGAUUUGGGUGUGGCACUCUAGUGAGUAACAUGUCCUGGAGCCUGCAAGGCUUCAGUGAAUGGGUGUUGGCCAGGCAGAUAGUAUGACAGACAGGAAAGGAUCAUCCCGGGGUCACCAUAAGAAUUAUCACUUAGUGUCCACAAGGUAGAGAGGGUCACAGUGCCUUCAGAAAGUAUUCACACCUCUUGACUUUUUCAAGAU